CCGCGCACCUCAUGGUUCCGGGGACAGUUAAGGCGGCGGAUGGAGGUCAGCGGUGGUGUUCGCGGCGUAGGUCUUGUGGCACGGAGAGAAGGGGCGGCUGAUCGUGGGUUUCGAGUGCACAACACAGGCGUGGCUGAGAAGGUCCUGGGAUGCGGUGAAACUGGGGAGCAGGCUGGGACGCGGUAGGAUGCGGUGGGCCUGGCCGUCUGCUCGUUCCGUGCUGGCUUGCCAGUGCGCACGCUUCCCCUCAUCUAGCCCGCGCGGCCAGGCCUGGAAGACGCCGCCCCUAUUGACCGUCCAUGACCCCAGCGAGCCAGUUUUCGUGACUUAGUGGUUUGGAAUCACUUGCUAGGAGUCUUGUCUCUCUGCCACCCAGGACAUCAUGGCAGCUCACCUGGUAAAGCGAUGCACAUGCCUCCUGAGAGAAGCUGCUCGUCAGGCCCCUGCCAUGGCUCCAGUUGGCCGACUGAGACUUGCCUGGGUAGCCCAUAGGACUCUGACUUCCUCAGCCACCUCACCCAUUUCCCACUUCCCAGGUUCCUUGAUGGAGCCGGUGGAGAAGAAACGAGCAUUUACUCCCUACAUAGAGAAGCAGAUGGACCACCUCAUCAAGAAGGCCACAAGGCCAGAGGAGCUCCUAGAGCUUGGUGGCAGUCACGACUUGGACAGCAAUCAAGCAGCAAUGAUACUUAUCCAGCUCUCUCACUUGCUGUCUGAGAAGCCAGAAGAUAAAGCCUUGCUCAUACAGGAUGCCCACUUUCAUCAACUUCUCUGUCUGCUCAACAGUCAGAUAGCCUCGGUCUGGCAUGCUACCCUCUCGAGGCUGCUGGGAAGCCUGUAUGCUCUGGGCAUCCCCAAGACCUCCAAGGAGCUGCAGUCGGUAGAGCAGGAGGUCCGCUGGCGCAUGCGGAAGCUCAAGUACAAGCAACUGGCCUUGCUGGCAGAGUCCUGUGCCACUCUCUCACAGGAGCAGCACUCGCAGGAGCUGCUGGCUGAGCUGCUCAUGCACCUGGAAAGGCGCUGGACAGAAAUUGAAGAUUCCCACACAUUAGUGACCGUCAUGAUGAAGGUGGGACACCUCUCGGAGCCACUAAUGAACCGCCUGGAAGACAAGUGCCUGGAGUUGGUGGAGCACUUUGGCCCCAGUGAGCUGCGGAAGGUGCUGGUGACGCUGGCAGCUCAGAGCCGGCGGUCCGUGCCCUUGCUGCGGGCCAUCUCCUACCACCUGGUGCAGAAGCCCUUCUCUCUGACAAAAGAUGUGCUCUUGGACGUGGCCUACGCCUAUGGCAAACUCAGCUUUCACCAGACCCAGGUGUCCCAGCGCCUGGCCACCGACCUGCUGUCCCUCACGCCCAGCCUGACUUCUGGUGAGGUGGCCCACUGUGCCAAGUCCUUCGCCUUACUCAAGUGGCUCAGCCUGCCCCUGUUUGAGGCCUUUGCCCAGCACGUCCUGAACAGAGCGCAGGACAUCGCCCUGCCCCACCUGUGCAGCAUGCUUCUGGCUUUUGCACGUCUGAACUUCCAUCCAGACCAAGAGGAUCAGUUCUUCAGCCUGGUACAUGAGAAGCUGGGGUCAGAGCUGCCAGGCCUGGAGCCAGCCCUGCAGGUGGAUCUGGUGUGGGCCCUGUGUGUGCUGCAGCAGGCACGGGAAGCAGAGCUGCAAGCCGUCCUCCACCCUGAAUUUCACAUCCAAUUUCUAGGGGGCAAGUCUCAGAAGGAUCAGAACACCUUCCAGAAGCUGCUCCACAUCAACGCCACUGCCCUGCUGGAGCACCCCGAGUACUCAGGUCCCCUUCUGCCUGCCUCGGCUGUGGCCCCUGGGCCCUCAGCCCUUGACAGGAAGGUGACCCCCCUGCAAAAGGAGCUGCAGGAGACACUGAAGGGGCUGCUGGGGAGCGCCGACAGGGGCAGCCUCGAGGUGGCCACGCAGUAUGGCUGGGUGCUGGAUGCUGAGGUGCUGCUGGACAGUGACGGCGAGUUUCUGCCCGUAAGGGACUUUGUGGCACCUCACCUUGCCCAGCCAACUGGGAGUCAGUCACCACCUCCAGGGUCUAAGAGGCUAGCUUUCCUGCGGUGGGAGUUCCCCAACUUCAACAGCCGAAGCAAGGACUUGCUGGGUCGCUUUGUUCUGGCCCGGCGACACAUACUGGCUGCAGGCUUCCUGAUAGUGGAUGUCCCAUUCUAUGAGUGGCUGGAACUCAAGUCUGAAUGGCAGAAAGGCGCCUACCUCAAGGACAAGAUGCGCAAAGCGGUGGCUGAGGAGCUGGCCAAGUGACUUGUGCCAGCAGCAUGGACUGCAUGCCUCUCCGCUGGAGGUCUAGCUGUGGGCGGGCAAGAAGGGUCACUCUUGAGGACAAACCUCUGUGCAGCACCUUGGCCAGAGUGGGGAGGGUGGCCAGCCGCUCUGAGGGACAGAGCGUCCUCUUGUGUAUAAUAAACCUUUAAUUUUGGUAUUGGACCCCUGGGGCCUUCCCAGGCUUGGUCACCCUCUGUACUGUCA